CCAGUGAGACAGAGCAGGAGAGAAAGAGAAACAGGCACCAAGUUGAGAGGUACUGAUAGAGAGACACAGAGACUGAGAGAAGACUCAGAAAGGAGGUGGAGAUAGAGAGACACGGGCCCUGAAAUCUUCCCCUGCUGCUGCCCUCAUGGCUGACCCACCCCGCUGGCUUCUUUGCCUCCUCCUCUCGGUUGUCCUGGCCUGCAUGCUGACCUCUGCUUCUGGUAGUCACUCUGGAGCCAAUGCAGUUUCCAGGAAUGCUAAUAACAACAAUGACCACUGGCUGCCACAUCGGAGUCUCCAUGCUGAGGAAGCGGGUGAGGAGCUAGGCAACAGAUGGGGCCGGAGUGACCCCUGGGAUGACCGCAGCGGGGAGGACCGUGACCCUCCUGACCACAGUCACCACGGACACAGUGAUGAGCCCCACGAUGGUCAUGACGGCCACCGUGGACAUCACAGUCACCGGGAUGAGAAUGAGGAAGACAGAGACCUCCAUUCCCACCACGCUCGCCAUGAUGACCUCUAUAGAUCUACUCACCAUGAUCGUGGUGAUGGCCCUGAGAGCCACCAAACUGACCAUAAUGGUGCACGCUAUAGACACCAGAGUCUUAACAAUGACUCAGAGGAGGAUGAAAAUGAUCUCCACGAUGACCCUGAUAGUGACGAGGAGGAGGAUGAUCAUCACCAUCAUCACCAUCAUCACCAUGGUGACCAUGAGGAUGAUGAGAGGGACGAGGAAGAUCAUCACCCCCAUCACCAUCGUCACCAAGAGGACCCUGAUAACGAGGAGGAGGAAUAUCAUCACCAUCAUCACCAUCGUCACCAUGGUGACUACAAAGAUGAGGAGGAGGAGGAGGAAGAUCACCCCCAUCGCCAUCAUUACUACAGUGACCCGGAUAAUGACGAGAAAGAAGAUCAUCACCAUCAUCAUCACGGUGACCGUGAGGAUGAUGAUGAGGAGGAGGAGGAAGAUUACCCCCAUCGCCACCAUCACCAUGAUGGCCAUGAUGAGAAGGAGGCUCCUCACCAUCAUCACCAGGGUGCCCAGGACCCUGAUGAUGAAGAGGAGGAAUAUCAUCGCCCCCAUCACCAUCAUCACCACAGAGACCAUGAGGCUGAUGAUGAGAAGGAGGAGGAAGACAAUCACCAUCCCCAUCACCAUAGCCUCCACAGUGACCCUGGUGAAGGUGAGGAAGAGGGACACCAUGACUUCGGUCACCACGGUCACCCAAGUGUCCCCAAGAUUGAAGUCACAGAAGAAUCAGAGCACCCCCAAGGCCACUACAGUCAUAGGGAGGGCCACCUCGGUCAUUAUGGCCGCCGAGAUGAUCUUGAUAAUGAUCGAGAUGCCCAAGCUGGCCACGGUCAUCAUUACGGCCCCCACGAUGAUGCUGAGAAUGCUGAAGAAAGGCACAACGACCUUGGCCACCCUGAUCAUAGCCACUAUCCUGAGGGUGACCCUAACCACGAUGGCUUUAACGCUCCCUGGGAUGACCUCUCCGUAGAGGACUACCACCACCAACCCCAAGACCUCCAAAGAGCCCAGGACAGCGAUCUUUUCCACCAUGCCACAGUGAGACACUUGGACAGUGCUCCCCUGGUCGCCCAGGACUUGAGUGAGGAAAGGCGUGAAGAGGAUCAGGAGGGAAAAGAGGAUAAAGAGAAGGAGGAGGAGGCAGGAGAUCCCUCCCUCCAUUACCACGACAAAAGCAAGGAGGAUCUUGAGGAAAGUCCCAUUCGCUCUCUGGAAGGUGAGAGGACUGGUGAAGAGGAGGAAGAGGAAGAGGAGGAAGAAGAGGAGGAGAGGGAGUACCAGCCUGGCUCCCUCUGUCAGUACUGUUCGUUUUGCAAGCGAUGCACGGAGUGUGAGCAGUGUCACUGUGACCAGGAGAACAUGGAGGAGCACUGCGAUGACUGUAAGCACUGCCAGUUCUGCUACCUCUGCCCCCUGCUCUGUGAGACCGCCUGCACCCCCGGAGGAUACCUCGACCAGUUCUCCUCUUCCUUGUUCCAAGCCCUGGCCGAGAUGCUGGAGGGUCCCGAGCAGUGACCCCAUCGGCCCAGGCCCUCAGCUCAGAGAACGGCUGUCACCUCUUUUCUCCCCUCUCUCUCCCUCUGUCCCUUCUACCGCGG